GAACAGCUUAGAAGACUAGAUAUAAAUUGUUAUAAAGCUUUAUUUCAUGAAUCCACUAUCUUGUCAGUCGUCUAAUAUUAUUCAACAGAGAUCAAGUUCAUUUUCAAAUUCAUCUAAGAUAUGGCAGCCGGAUUCAGAUGUUUUACUAUGUCCAUUUUGUAAAAGAGCAUUUUCAUUUUUUCAUCGGAGACAUCAUUGUAGGAAAUGUGGAUGCGUAGUUUGUUCAAGUUGCUCAUCUAAUAAUUGGGACUUUUCAAGGUCGUUUGAAUUAAAGAAAAACAGUAAUAAACAGUGUGAUUCUAAAGUUCUUCGUGUUUGUGAUAAAUGCUUUAUGCAGUUAUUUGAGGAACAAUCUCAAAAGAAAGCAGAUGGUCAUUCAUCUUUAAUUCAGAAGACACGAAUUAGUAAUGAUGAAAUGAUAGAAUGUCCAGUGUGUUUAGAGUCUUUUUCAAUGAUACCAACCUUAUCUGAACGUGAAAUACAUAUUGAUAAAUGUUUAAAAAAUAAUCAUUAUACCUCAGAAUCCACUCUUAAUAAGCGGAGAUUUUUAUCUUAUGUUCUUCCUUCAUCUAGUUCACUUGUAGGUACCGAAUGUAUUAUUUGCUUUGAAGAAAUGCUACCUGGAGAAAAAAUAGCACGCCUUGAAUGUCUUUGCAAUUAUCAUGUGAUAUGUAUAAAACAAUGGAUUUCUGUAACUACUGGUAGAGGUUGUUGUCCUAUUCAUAUGCUACGAUCUUAACUUUCAUAUAUACCCAUCUUCACUAUAACUCAUUACAAUUCUAUGC